AUGGCCAAGCAGAGCAGGAGCCAGCCGGGGCUGCAGGAGGAUGGCAGGGGAGGUAGCAGAGGGAGCUCCAGGCAUGAAGACAGACAUUACCACUCCGAUGUGGAGAACCUGCUGGAGGAGCGCCAGAGGAACGGCAGGAUGGCGAGCGAGCUCCUGCAGGAGGAGCGGGACCAGGAGGAGCAGCGGGAGCAGGCCGGCCGCAAGAAACCCGCCUUAGUCCGGUCGAAGACCUUUGAUCACUCUCUGCUGACUCAGGUCCAGACAGACUCUGACUCUAAGAUAGAGAGGAAGAAGUCUCACUACAGCCAGAUUUCCAAGAGCAACUGCCAGUACCACAAAAUAUUCAAGGAGAUCAGCAAAGAGGAGCAGCUCCGUCAGACUUACACCUGCGCUCUGCAGAAAGACAUCCUCUACCAGGGACGGAUGUUUGUCUCCGAUCACUGGAUCUGCUUCCACUCGAAGGUGUUCGGCAAAGACACAAAGAUUGCCAUCCCUGUGGUCUCCGUCAUCAACAUCAAGAAGACCAAGACCGCCAUCCUGGUGCCAAACGCUCUGGUGGUCGCCACAGCAAAUGACAGAUAUAUGUUUGUGUCCCUGCUGUCCAGAGAUAACACCUACAAGUUCCUCAUGUCGAUGUGUCUGCACCUGGAGGAGAAGAGUCCCUGCAGCAGCCCCGUCCCGUCCUCCGCCGACAGCAGCUUCAGAGCCCAGAGGACGCUUCACUCCCCGACAUUCCCCCGGGGUGAGUUCAGUGGCCUGGAUGGAUCCGUCAAGCAGAGGAGAGAGGAGCUGGAGGAGAGCAGCAGCUCCGACUCUCAGGCGCCGGACUACGACAAGAUGGCAGAGUUUCCUGUUCCUCCUUUCCUGGAGGCGCUGAAGCACCAAGACAGCGUGUCCACUCAGGAAAACAUGAAGCACCAGCACAAAGCGAAGACCCAGCAUUCCAAGCAGCAGAGCUCAGACGGCAAGCAGCACGACGCUCGCCACGUGGAGCUGGACCCCAGAACCCCGCGGUCCGUUUCCCUCAACACUCUGCUCUUCAUCUACAUGUUUCUAGUGUGUGUCCUGGUCCUGUCCUCCUGCUACCUGGCCUUCAGGAUCAUUUCACUGGAGCAGAGGCUGACCACUCUGAGCUCCAUCGACGUUUCCAGCCAGGAUGACGUCCUGAGGACUGCUGAGGUGGACGCGGAGCUGCUGUCGGAGCUUCUCACCAUCAACCUCAUGAAGCUGGAGAAGGUGCAGAGAAACCUGCAGAGGCUGCUGGAAGACACAGCCUGA